CUUGUUCCCUUUAUCAAUGGCUUUUUCUUCCUCAAAUGUCACAGGCCACCUCUCUAUCUGACUAUUUCAAUCCCAGUCUCGAUCAAGAUUUAGGGAAAAUGGAGGCUUCAGUUGCAGCAAAGUCGCUCAUAAAGAUCGCAGCAGUUUCUGGUUCUCUUCGUCAAGCUUCCUACAACCGCGGCCUCAUUCGCUCUGCGAUUGAGAUGAGCAAGACGAUGGAGGGCGUCCAGAUAGAGUACGUAGACAUCGCGCCGUUGCCGAUGAUCAACACCGAUCUAGAGAAAGACGGGAGAUUCCCACCUGCCGUCGAAGCCUUUCGUCAGAAGAUUCGAGAAGCCGAUAGCUACCUCUUUGCUUCUCCCGAGUACAAUUACUCCAUUGCCGCACCUCUAAAGAAUGCGAUUGACUGGGCAUCCAGAUCUCCAAAUGUGUGGGCUGAUAAGGGUGCCGCAAUUAUAAGUGCCGGAGGAAACUUUGGUGGUGGACGAUCCCAAUACCAUCUUCGCCAAGUUGGAGUUUUCCUUGACCUUCAUUUCAUUAACAAGCCUGAGUUUUUCUUGAAUGCUUUCCAGCCUCCAGCAAAAUUUGACAAUGAUGGCAACUUGCUCGAUGAACAGUCCAAGGAAAGGUUAAGACAAGUUCUGCUAUCCUUGCAGGCAUUUACUUUGAGACUCGGAAGGAAAAGUGAAUAGAGGCUUAUAUCAUGUUUCAUAAAGUAACUUCUAAGUCAUUCUAGAGGUUGCUGAAAUUGAAAGAAGUAGUAUUAAGAUGACACUGCACUUUAGGUAAUGGCUGUAACGUACAUACUGAAGUUAUAUGUCAUUCUUAAACUAAAAUAAAGUUGUGUGAUUCAAGCUCUGUCGAUCACGUAUCUGACGUUGAAAGAGUGAUGCUGUAUGUUGUGAACUUGUGAUUUAUUUCUUUUUCCCUUGGGCAUGUCUUUGGUUUUGUAAUUUUGAUCAUGACAUCAUGUUUCUCUGGGCAUGGCACAGGUGCUGAUAACAUAAUUGUGCAAUAUAUUUUGAGUGCAUAUAGCCAAGUUACUGGA